GAAAAAGAGGUAUGUGCAUACAAUAAGAGAAAGGGUUUAUUACAGUAAACUUGUUUUUAUUCAUUAAGUUUAUUUUCAGAAGUGGCAAUGGCAUUCUCUAGUGGUAAAUGUCAUAAACAGCAGCUCCCUAUGAGUACUGUGACAGUUGAACAUUAAUGUUUAUGGCUUUAGCAGAUGCUUUUAUACAAACCAGCUUAAAUAAAAAUGAUGGUCUCAUGAUUCUGUCUCAUUAUGUCAUGUUUUCCUUGGUCGUGUGACAGAGUCAUGACAAAGCCUUUGGUUUUCUGUGGAGAGAAACAUAUUAUAGUCGAUAUGACUUGAUAUGCAUUCUCUCCGGUCUCAUCUUUGCCCCCGCCCCUCUCGUUCCUCGUAAAGCUUUCCUCCUGUGUCUCAUUACCCACACCUGCCCAUUGUUAUCCUCCUUGUGUUAGUCUCCCUAUUUAAUGUCCUUGUGUCUGCUGUCCAAUGCUGGUUCGUUUUGUAUUUUCCUCUUGUCGUGAUCUCCUCCUAGUAAGUCUAGUUUUGUCAAGAUUCCUGUUCUAAUACGACUGCGUUUUAGUGCCACGUUGAUAAAAAAAUAAAAUCCAAGAUUUCGAGAACAAAGUCGAAAUGUUUCGAGAACAAAGUCGAAAUGUUUCGAGAACAAAGUCGAAAUGUUUCGAGAACAAAGUCGAAAUGUUUCGAGAACAAAGUCGAAAUGUUUCGAGAACAAAGUCGAAAUGUUUCGAGAACAAAGUCGAAAUGUUUCGAGAACAAAGUCGAAAUGUUUCGAGAACAAAGUCGAAAUGUUUCGAGAACAAAGUCGAAAUGUUUCGAGAACAAAGUCGAAAUGUUUCGAGAACAAAGUCGAAAUGUUACGAGAACAAUAUUCUCAAAAUCUUCAAUUUUUUUUAUUUUUAACGUGGCACUAAAACACCGUCGUAGUUUUUGCCCCCACGUGGGAAGUUUUUGGUUUGCUUUUUGAAAACCUGUUUAGUUACCUUGUUUUGUUUGUAUAUUUAAUAAAUAAUUGUUUUUGCUGCCAUUUCUGUCUGGGCCUGGGUUCUGAACACAAAUUCAUGACAGUUCGGUUCUUGCAACUACAGUUACUUAACUUAAAUGUUAAAAAAUAAAAUUUACAGUUGUUAAGUUUCCUGUCAUUCUGAACUCUCCCUGCACACACAAAUGGUCUGGAAAGGAAAGCGGUACUGGGAGGUGGGCAGGUUUUGUGGGCGUUAGAGGGCAUUAAUUAUUUCUGAUUUCACUUUCAUUUUUACAUAUCUGACCCUGAUUCGCUGUAUCAUUUUCUAGAUCAUCUGUUUAUACUGUAUAAACAUAAAGGCCACAAACCUAAAAUACUUUUUAACAUUCAUAUAUAAUCACUAGGAAAAUGAUGAAUGUAAUAAAACAAGUAAAUAACCACUGUGUUGUUUGAUUAUAAACUAUUCAAUUCAAAGCGUUGAACAACAUUUUAGAUGGUUUCUGCAUUUAACAAUACACUGACAUCAUCAAGUAUUUUAAAAUUCUAUGUUUGUUUGCACACUUUUUUUAUCACUACAUAAACAAUAUAACUGCGAAUAUAAGUGAAAAUAAACUGAACUGAACUGUUUUUAUUUUUCAUUGUCUGUUUCUGUAACACAAACACUAUUUAUACAUGUGACAACAGAAAAGCUUGAGAACUGACCAAUCCCUGCAGGUUUUAUAUGCUCAUGUGAUUAUUCAACCACCUGUUGAUUCCCUCUAUAACACAGAAGGUCAAAUCUAACUCCUGAAACUUGAGACAAAUCAUUUGUUUUGCCAAAUAAACCUGCUUUCUUCAGUAGAAAUCUGUAAUGUAAAACUGUCGAUCAGGAUGGCAUGUGGCAUGAUUUACAUGGGGAAAUACAUCAGUGUUGAGAGUCAAAUGGCUUCCUUUAUUUAGAACAGUUAGAUUAACAUGUGUUAGUCAAGUAUGGGCAGGGGAUGAGUUCCAAAACACCCCCGUCACGGCACACAUGUGAUAGACAUGUGUUGUCAUUUGUCUGAAAGGCAGAGCACAGCUGUUGGGACAACACCUCAUAUCUAAACCCUCUGUGACAGGGCACAGAAGCGGCAUUCUUUCAGUGUGGAUAAAACCAACUUCUGUUAUACUACGAUAUAGCGGUAUAGGUUUUACGAGAGCAAUGGAUACCCGUCUGUGCAAACAGAUUCAGUGCUCGGUGUGUCUAGGGGAUUUCACAGAUCCAGUGAGCUUGCUGUGUGACCACACGUUCUGCAGACAGUGUAUCAGCAAUCAUUCCCACAGCACCCGGCUGAGAUUGUGUCCGGAAUGUCGCAGACCCUACACCAUGUGGGAUCUCCGAUCCAACCGGGUCCUACGGAAUAUGGUGGACGCGGUGCGGGAACAUCUGACCGAACAACAAGCCCUGAGGGACAGCAACAUUGCUGCUUCUGGAGCGCACUGUGGGCCCGUGAGAGUGUUUGCGGAACCUGAGAAGCUGGUGUGCGCCGAUCAUAAAGAGAGACUCAGGCUGUUCUGUGAGACUGAUCAGAAAUUGGUGUGUCUGAUCUGUAGGGAUUGUGAGAAACAUCAGGGACACAUGUUCAAAGCUGUGGAGGAGGCAGCGGAGCCCAGGAAGAAUUUGUUGUUAGAACCUCUAAGUGUCGUGUCAAAGGAGAAUGAAGACAUGGAAGCUCUUAUCAAGAAACAGACCAAUGAGAUCUCUAAAACUGAGGAGAGAUCCAGACAGCUCUCUGCCCAGAUCUCUGCUCAGUUUGAGGAGAUGCACCAGUUCUUGAAGAAAAAAGAGGAGGAAGUGAAGAAACUGCUGGAGAAAGAAGAGAAAGAUUUGGUGGAAAAGAUGAAUAAAAACAGAACAGAAAUUGAGGAGAUACUGAACGAUGGAAGAGAGAAGGAAGGAAUUUUACACUCGGUUUUGGAGACGGAUCAGCCGGACGGAUUUCUGCAGUGGUGGACUGAGAAAGGGUUGGAAUUUGUUGAAGAGAUGAAAGACAAAGAAAACUGCUAUGAAAAUGAUAGAAAUGUUUCUCAAACAACACAGUUCAAAUCAGCAGUGAAAGAUCUGAACGUGACACCAAAUUCUCUGUUUCUUGGCCUUCGUGAAACUCACUUGCAGUUUGUUGUGUGGAGGGAGAUGCUGGGGACUAUCAAACCGGUCCCUGAUCAUAAUGUCAUACAUGACUGUCAUGACCCAUACCUGCGGGUCUCCACCGAUGGACGCUGCAUCAGUCGCACAUCUAAAAAGGGGAUUUUCUUGCGCCACAAAGACUAUAGACCAGUGGCCCGGACCCACAAGACCUUCCAGUCAGGACAACAUUACUGGGAGGUGGACGUAGGAGGAAAGAUAGACUGGAGCGUGGGCUUUGAUGGUGGAUGUAUAAGUAAUUUUAACAAGGACAUUGGACUUCACCUUAAGCAUGACCAAGGAUACAGCAUCAAAGAGUAUGACACAGUGAAAGAGAUAGAUCUCCCAGUGAAACCACGAAGGAUAGGGCUGUACCUGGACUGUGACAGGAGUCAGGUGUGCUUCUAUAAUGCGGAUGAUAUAACUUUACUGCACACCUCCACAUACGCUUUUGCCAUACCGUACUCACUCAGUCUCUCUCCAGGAGCUUAUCUUGCUGGGAAGAAUGCUGAUCCACUAACUGUUAGCUGGAACUGAUCCAUAUGGUAAACAA